CAAGAAACAAGGCCGCGAGAGCGCGGCAAAACAAAGAUAGCGCGAAUACGACACUAUUUGGCUGACGCUACAGACGACAGAUACGCGGCGGAUGACAGAGAAGAAAUGGAAGAAACUAGAAUCUCUGGUAGAUCCAGCGAUACAAAAUCGAUCGGUAGCCUCAGUCAACAUUUCUUCGAAAGCGACGAAGAUGAGAAAUACUACGGCACUUGCAAUGGUUACGCUUCGCAGCCUGGCAGCAAGUCAAACUUAUUGUUAUGCAGUGAAUGUGAUCAGAAAACCCGUACCUGCACGUACAGACCACAAACGCCUGGCUCCUAUUCUAGUAGAUACGUCGAGGAACGUUUCGACGAUCGACUUCAGGAACCAGGAACUUCCCGCACGUACAAAAGCCCGAUUCAUAUGUCUUCUCCUCGGUCGGUAUAUCACGAUCAAGAGCAUAGCGGUCAAUCUUCUUCACCUAGGUCGUUGUAUCGUGAUCAAGAGUAUCGAAGAGCCUGGCCCAAGAAAUACGAACAGGAGCUUGAUCGAAGGGACUAUGAAGACAGAGACCUGAAGCAGGACGAUGACAGUCCUGUCUGCGAAGUCUGUCAUGGAAACGGUCAUGUUGUUCAAUGCGAACAUUGCGAUUUUUCUAGCGAAGGUGAUUUAAUAUGCUUCCGAUGUCAGAGCGACGAAGGUUCGUCAAAUGGUCAAAAUUGUCCUCGUUGUGAAAAAAAUGACAGAAUAUUAUCGAGUAGGGUAGGAUCACAAAGGGGAACAACGUCAUCGAGCGAUGAAGGAAAGUACCCAGUAGAUGCUGUAGUCAAAAUCCAGGUUAACGACCAUAUGAUUGACGUAGACUCGGAUGAGACACCUGAAAGUGACUUAUCAAGCAGUCAUCACCACCAGAGGGGUACAAUGGACCGACUAGAUACUAUUGUUGAGGCAAAGGGAGACACUGCCAGUGAAAAUGACGAGGAAAACGGCGGUACAAAACUAAAUGGAACUAACAGCGCAAGAUAUCUCAAUUAUAUGAUCGUACUGUUUCUGUAAAUAACAUGGUUAUGGUAGCUGCAGUUGAGCUAUGGAUCAUGUUGGUAAAUGGAGAGUGUUGUUUCGUUGAAAUUAGCAGUUGACAGAUGAUAAAUACAGACACACUUGUAAUACUUUAAAAGUUUUAAAGCUUCAAAUGAUUUCAUAAUAUCUAUAUAACAUUUAUACUGCACUUAUUAUAAUACUGUUAUAAUAACGUACUAUUUGUAUGCUAGUAGUAUCGAUAGUAUACUAUUAUAACAUACUAUUAUACUCUAUAAAAACAAACCACUUUUUAAUAGUAUUUCGCUAUAUUGACAUUUAAGCUAAAGCGAUAUAAAGCAAAUAUAUAUCAGAAUAUAUAUAUAUAUUACAGGUUCCAAUAAAUAUUAUUUUAACAAUUUUUUCACAAUACAAUAGCAGACAGCUGUGUUUGUUUUGAGUAGAAUUUUUUCUAGUAAAGCAAAGUAGUCAACGCUACUCUAUUAAAAUCACGUUUCACCUCUAUUAAUUAUAACUCUAUAAUUGUUUCUAUUUUGAUUACGAAGCAUGAAGUAAAUAUAAAAUGAAACUUGGAUCGAUUCGAUAUAUUAAAAUUAUGAUUAUCAUAAACAUUCUCAAGAUGGAUAGAUAGAAACGAAGGAAAUGUCGUAUCGAAACAUUUCAAGCCCUUUUAUACGCGUAUACUAUUUGUAAACACUCUGAUAAAGGAUUUUUAAGAAACAUUUGGAGGAUCGACUCGCUAAUAUCCGCAACGACACUCUCCAUCCAAGACGAAGCAUUUUCAAAAGUGCUGGUUCGCUACACGAGAGAAAAAAUCUAUUGAUUUUAACGUGUCUCGCAACUUUUCAAAAUGUUCCGUGCUUCACAGGUUGUUGCUUGACAUCGAAAUUCGUUGCCGUAUGAUAUUUUCGGCGCCAUGGCUCGACUCGCAUGUAAAUAAACUGCCAAAGGAACAUUCAUCCGUAUAUCGUAGGGCCGUAUAGGUUAAUAGAUAACUCAUAAUGUUUAAAACGCUACUUGAGAGAAUGAGGAAGAAAGAAAGAAAGAUCGAACGAGAGAGUGGAGAGAAGAAAGAGAGAAUGAGAGAGGGAGAGAUGUUAUAUUACGUUCGACACGCGCAGUGUUACCAUAAGCUGAGAUCCAUAAUGCAACGAUCGACACGAUUCCAUGCGCGACUUUUAGAAUGGGUUUGUGCAGAAAUCGUGCUCGUUUUAACUUGUAUCUUUAUCGUCUUUCUUUUUAUAAUUCGUUCCUUUAGAACGUUUUGUAUCAAAUUCGCUUUAUUUCCCUCGAAGCAAUCUUCGUCGUUGGUAUAGAAGAUGCAAUUACAAUGAAUGAAAAAGAAAUUAAUUUAUUUAUUACGUAUCGUUUGUUACGUGCAUUUAUCGAAACAAAUUGAACGUAUUAAUUGGAAAUGUGUGAUCUGUGUUCGACAUGUACUUCGAAUGUUUCAUUUAUCAACUGAUAAAGAUUUGUACACAAACCUGAGUAACUCAUGUUCGGGACCAACUAAAGCCACCAUCAGCAUCACUGCUUCCGAUUUCUGCUUUCAUUUCCGGUCAUUAGAUUUCAUAUUUUUUGUUCUUUUUUUACAUAUACGGAAUACGAGAAUAGCGUAGAUAACUUGUGUAUGUUUCACUUAUGGAAAUUCUACAGUAAUUUCUUUUCAAUGAUACACGUUGGUUGAAGAAAAGAUUAAUCAGAAAAGUAGCGCUGAAAAAUUGAAUCUCACUACUACUGUACGUGUAAUUUUAUUUUUUUACACAUCUUUCCUUUCGAUGUGCCGAAACCAAACACAUAGGAAUUACGAACGUGAAUAUAUUUCAAGCAGAGCAAAGCAUUCAUAACGAGUCGUAUUAUCAGCUUGGAAAGUUUCAAUUCAGACGAACGACGAUAGAAUUACUUGUCCUCGUACUGACAAACCAUUUCUGCUCGAGGGCCUCAACGGGACCGAAUUUCUCCAGAUUCGAAAAAUCGAAACGGGAUCACAACCCUUCUUCCCUAUUUCCCCCGUGUUUAGAACAUUAUAUUACGUUUAUAAUAUAAUACGAUUUCGUGAUCCACAAUUUUCCCAUUUAUUCGGCUCGUUAUUUUUCAUUGCAGAAGUUAUUCGAAUGUUGCUUUAAAUUUUGUUCUCCAAGUCUCCGAGAAAGAGUUAUUUUUAUAUUUUUUACUUUUUCAAUCGCGAACGCAUACGGAGUUUCCAUUCGAAGUUUCAUAUCCAUUCCAGUCGCGAUCCUUGAUAUAGCGUUCGAGGAACAAAGUCGAGAAAUAUCUUUCCUCGAGAAUUAUUUAGAUAACAUAAAAAGGUGCAAAAACGAAAAAAAAAAAAGAAAACACCACACUCAUUAAAUAUCCGUAUUAAUUGUGGGGGAAAUAAUAAACCGCAGACUCGCCCGUUUGUAUCAUAGAGACAGCUAAGAAGAAGGCGGUGUAAAUCCUUCGAACUACAAAAUACGAAACGAUUUGUAAUAAGGAUAGCAACUUUUUUAGUAUUUAUAAACCAUCGAAUAGACUUUAAUAGUUAAAUACAUUUUUUUAACGUUCACUUUUCCCACUUUGUAAGCAGACCGCACGUUUACCGCUUGAACCGACGAGAUUUCCAUUUAACGAACGAAACGCGUAAAUCUAAAAGACGAGAGGAGAAAAGCAGCCAGGUAGAGAAGAAACGCGCAAAGGGGUAUAUCGCAUAGUUAUCUAGCUAGCUUCGAACACUAUCGAGGGACGUAUUUCAUGCGAAAGAUUCCGCGGGAUUAGACUUAUAUCAAUCUAUAUGGUAUUCACAGCGACAGACAUUAUCAAGAAUACAGCGCAAAGUCUAAGCGAAUAAUCGUUAAGAUACACCAGUAUCCGGAAACCUAUCUUACCUUGAAGCAAGGGCGCAAUAACUCGAAGGGUUGAAGAAGUUACAUCGUAUUAUCAGGAUGUUUAAAUUCUGCGAGCGACUAAAAUUAAAUACUUGUGCUGUGUACAUAUCGCAAACUCGGAUUUCCUCCAUUCCUCUAUAUACUUGCGAAGAAAUUUUUAAGAAUUUAAGAAUCAAUUGAAAGAAUUAGUGGUUAACCGUUUUAAGAAAAAUAUUUGCUUCUCUUAGCAUCAGGGCUGCUCUUCCUUUGUAAUUUCUUUUAUAUCGUUACUAUGGAAAGGAACUCUUCUGGUAAAUAAAAAGUAAUAGUAUAUCGAUAAUGUUACUAAAUGGUAUAAUGUUUAAAGGAUUAGAAGAUGAGAGUAGGUCGAGUUACUUGGUCUUUGCGACGAGGUAUCGGGUGUACUAUUGUUCUACUGCCAUGUUCUAAAGCUAGGAAGAACUUUGAAGUCAUUGAGUACCUAGUCCUAUGCAUCAUCGUAAGAUCAUUACACAGCAGACACUGGACGAUUAAACUCUCUCUCUCUCUUCGUUUUAUAAAAGUUUUACGCGCGAUCGCACUUAUUCAACGCUGUAAAAAUCCAUUUUGAUCGUGGAUACAGUUGAAGAUACAACGGUAUCGCUGGCGACUACGAUAAAACGGAGAGAGAACGUUCAAUCACAUUCGAAUAGGAAAAGAGGAGUCAGUUUAAUCAGCAGCCUUACUUAUACAAUUAUUAUCUACAUUAUUGUACUAAAUUUAUAAGCAUGAUUUGUGUACGUAUAUGUAUGUCGACGUACUUUUGAUUAUAGCCUUGAGAGAAUGCUGUGGACAACGAUAAUCUCUGAGCAACGUAUGGCUUGGUGUAGUACGUUUCCGGAUAGCUAUUGUACCUUUCGUUACGAGGAAUAUGUUCCAUUCAUUUUUGUUGCUCGAUACUCGUACCAUUUAUAAAUCUAAAAAUUCUAGGCUAUUUAAAUGGCUGUGAUACGUGUACGUUCAUAAUUUAUUACUCGUUACCAAAUAUGUACUUAGUACUUUACGCAAUAUGACAAUUUAUUUAUAUCGUUUUUAUCGUUUUUAUCGUAUUGUCUAUGUAUCGUUUACAUAUACCAUGUAUCUCUAAUCUGUCUACAGAUACGUCAGGAAAUGAUACCCUUUAAUUAUUUAGCCAGUUGCUCCGAGUCACGUCUUAUUUCAUAGUGUAGAAUAUUCCAGAGCACAGCAUUGAAACUGCUGAUGAACAAUUUGUGACUUUACCCAAUAUUAUAAGCCUUCCGAUAUCUUAUCAUGUAUUAAUAUUGUUUCAGAGAUACUAGAUUUAUAGUUGAACACUUUAAGCUCCAUCUUCGACAAAAGUGUCUUACCUAUACACGGGCGAACAAAAUAAAAUGAUACCCUAUUAGUGUAGCGGCUAAUUCGGUAUUUGUAUACACUCCUUUUUGUUAUUUAUCAAUUUACUUGAAACCCAUCUAAUUGAUUAAAAGCAAUGUUUAUGGAGAAAGGUGUGUGUACAUAUAUAUCAGUUUCAUUCACGGCGAUAGAAUAUCAGGAUGGCGCGGUUAAGGGAAACAAAGAUGAGAAUGUAGUGUCUCUGAAACCUUGGAACGCGGGCGAGGAGCGAGCUCGACGAUUCGCGAGAUCGAGCUCGCUCCUGCUCGCCUUAGUUUUUAUUCGAUUUUGAGAAACUCGAAUUUACACGAUCGAUAGAACUAACUCGGAUGAUCUUCGCGGUAUAAAUCUCCUCACGACUGUUUGCAUGAUAUUGAUUUUAUUGAAGAUGUUUAUCGGUGUUACGAAAGAGCUGAGACGCGCGUGAACGCAGAACUCAUUGGACGUCGUCUCGCAUUGUAGCGGGCACGAUUCGUGAAAGUUUGUUAACAAUCGAUCGACGUGGUCCGAUCGGCAGGUCGAUUCCCGUUAUACUAUCCGAUUGAUAUCUUAUGCAUGGAAACCUCCCAAUCGCCUAAUUGAUAUUGUUACGCGUAUUGUAUAAUUUCGUUUAAGCGAAUAUUGGACAAAAUGCACGGACACUCGAUGGAACCACGUACGUUCGGGAUCGAUGGUUCGAGAUACUUCGUCGGCUAGUGAUCCUUGCGAGAAUUUCUCUAAUCAUUUUGUGGAUCAUCAUCCUCUUGAGCAAUGAUUUGCAACUUGUGCCAAGAUUCACGACCGUCUUCCUCGCACUCUUCUCCACGUAUAUUCGUCAAUGUUCGCCAAAUGCUUGUCGUUGGUCAGUAAUUUCGUUUUUACGUCGUGUGUCUUUAGUUGUUUCAUUAGUACCAAUUAGUAUCGAGAAUUUAGCAGAUAAUAACGAAUAAGUAUUUAUGAAUAUUAUUUACGAAUAAGUGCCAAUAUUAUACAGGAAGUAUAUUUGUUACGUGUAUUCACAAGAUUUUAUAAAUAAGAGUAUUAAUCGUCAAUUACAAAUACAAUUUAACGAUUUAUUUUAUAUCGAAUGAAUGUUUAUCUACUUUACAACCUGUAAUCUUGCUUCUAUAGAUUCAAGAGGUUUAUUCGCAUUGAAAUCAGAAACAUUCCUUUCGCCGCAGCUUUACUCGCGUAAUACGUAGAUAUUUUUGAAAUUCCUAAAGUUUCUCAAUGUUUCUUUCAACGAUAUAUGUACCGUAUCGUGAUACGUCUGUUUUCCACAAAAUGAUUCAGAAAAUUCUUAAUUUAUAUUCGGAGUUUACGUAAUAAUAUUAGGCCAGUUCAUAUCAAGCGAUUAAUUAUGUGUAAAUAGUUCGAAUAACGUAAAGAAUAUUGUUCAGAAUUAAGUCGAAAUUAUUAUACGUGUUGGUAAAUUAGAGAUAUUUAAAUUAUCCGUUGUGUUAUACACAUAUUCGGCUCAUAAUUCGCAUGGGUUUCAACAACCGUUAAAUCUCCGAAAAGUGGAUCAUACAAAUUCGGGAAACGUACAUGUAACGCUGUUAACACCCUGCUGUUCUUUCCGGGACUAUGCGAUCCGAAAUGAAUGUUACGUUUCAAUGGACAUUAUUAAAAUAUAAAUAGUUUUUCAAUGUUUGAUUUCAGUAUUCUGUAUAGUGUUACAAAUAGAGAUAUUCCAAAGAACGAGGACGCAGAGCUGAGGAGAACAGCAGGGUUGAACUUAGUUAAAAGAUCGUUUUAAAAGAAGCAGUGAUUUUUUAAUAUAUCAUAUAAACAAUGAUUAUAUAAAUGACGUUGCUUUAAACGAUUGUCAUUUUCUUCGGUAUAUAAUUACUUUUGUCUUACGAUUAAAGAUAUCUAUCAUUUUUUGAGCUGAAUAUGUCCGAAGGCAUUGAAACGUUCGAGUCUGAUCGAUUUCGGCUUUCGAACGAAAAAUUCUCAAUAGUUUAUCCGUAAUCGGCUCGACUUAAGUAUCGAUUAACCAUUAAAAAUUAAACGUAUUUCCGUAUUUGUCAUCUUACUACCUCGGUUUCUUAUCGCCGCGCUUUAGCGUUAAAAUAAGCUAUCCGAUAAAGAUAAAAGGGGAGGGGGGAAAAAAAAGAAGAAGAAAUAGGAGGCGAGUCUCUUAAUGAAUGGUCACUCAGGAAUAAAGUUAUAAUGUAAUAACAGUUGCGAUAUUGAAUAUUAACAUUUAACGAACAAUUUUUUGUAAAUAGGAGUAUAAUUACAAAUAAAUAUAGAUAUAUAAUGAUGAAUAUAUAUGAUAAUAGUAUGAAGACGUGUAGAAGCUGCGUGCAGGGUUAUACAAAAGGUGCCAUGCGAUCGGAGCGUCGUUUCUUUCAACAAAAAGUUUACCAAUGUACAAAAGGGAAUUUAGCGGAGAAACCGAUCGUUUCUCGAAGCGAGGAAAGCAUAGCGGAUCAUGCGCGUGCCAAGGAAAAUAGUAAUCGUCGUUUCAAUAGCCGAAAAAGAGAAGAGCAGCGUUAGUGUAUGAUACUCGGUCGAACUUAGUUGGAACCGUUUGCCCCUUUUUUUUAUUCAAACAUUUCUCCGAUCUAACGCCUGAACGAUGUCAUCCUGCACAACUUUACGAUUGCCCCAAUAAAAGAUAACAAGCCUGCGAGAUAGUAAUGCGUGAAUGAACCGAUAUCUAUAUGUAUACGUGUGUACAUGAGGGACGAGGUAAGAAAGAGUGGGAACAAGAAAUAAGAGAGAAUGUAAACGCGUGGAAGAUACGUUAUGCGAGAGAGUCCACUUCCGAUUACAAAGAAUUGACCAAAACGUCUGCAUUAAGGUUAGAGCGCGACAUAUGUUAAACGAUCGUGACUGUCAGAAGGGAGACAACAAUCGAGCUAACGGGAAUCACAAAUAAAAUUUAUAAAGAAGAAAAAAGACAGACAGCGAGAGAGAAAACGAGAGAAGAGAAAAAGAUAUCACGGCGAGAACACGACUGUAACCAUACAAUUAUCAAUUAGACUCGUAACGAGUAUACAUUGCGUGUAUCAUCGACUAUGUACUGGAACACGAAUUAUGUCUACCCGCGCGAUUACGCGUGAAUUUUUGUCCAUUUCUACACGUAUAUCCGUUUCCUCCUCGACGAUAGAAGUUAUUUUUAAAUUUUCGAAACUUAGCUACGCCGCUCCCACGUGCGAGUGUCUGUACGAUCGGAUGUCAGUAGGAAUUCAGAAAUAUAAAUAGACGAUUGAA